AUGGGAACAGGCGCGGGCGGGCACAGGCUCACGCUCAAGACGACUCUCUCUGGUCAGAGUAAGGUGCAGAGCCACGGAUCGGGCGCGCCGCUGACGAACUUUUCGUGGAACGACAAGGCGCCGAGCCUGGUGGUCACGUCGUCGAUCGACACGACGUGCACGGUGUGGAACAUCGACACGGCGACGGCCAUCACGCAGCUCAUCGCGCACGACCGCGAGGUGUACGACGUCGCGUGGCUGCCGGGGUCGACGGACAUCUUCGUGUCCGUCGGCGCGGACGGCAGCCUGCGCGCGUUUGACCUGCGCAGCCUGGAGCACUCGACGAUCCUGUACGAGACGCCGACGCCGAAGAACGUGCCGCCGCCGUCCGCAUCGCCGUCGUCGACCGCGCGGCCGCCCGCGUCGCCGCUGCUGCGCAUCGCGUUCAACCCCGCGGACUCGAACUACAUGUCGACGUUCCACAUGGACGGCUGUGGCGUGCAGAUCUUGGACAUGCGCAGCCCCGGGCAGCCGGUCAUGGAGCUCGUGGGGCACCGUGCGCAGGUGAACGCGCUGGGCUGGGGCUCGACGGCGAAUCCCCUGCUGGCUACCGCGGGUGACGAUAGCCAGCUGCUGCUCUGGGACCUGUCGUCGCACACGCAGGCACCGGCAGCGUCGCCGCGCAACGCGAGCUCGGGGCUGAGCUCGCCGCGGCCCGACGUGAAGAAGCGGAUGGUGACGGACCCGGUGAUGGCGUACACGGGGUCGAGCGAGAUCGUGAGCCUGGCGUGGUCGCCGCAGAUUGCGGGGAUGACGAUGAACACGGGGCACUCGACGGCGGCGGGCGAGUGGAUUGCGGUCGCGAUGGGCAAGUCGAUCAAGGCGCUGAAGGUGUAG